ACAGCAAUUGUUGCGUAUUGCAAGCAGAAGAACUAGACAUUAUGUCUGCAAUCAGACUGUUAGCAGUCUUCCUUUUGCUUGCAUACAAGCUAUUACCCUCAGCAGCAACCAUAACUUUUACAGAGACUCCUCAAGAUGUACUCAUUGCUGUUGGAAGCACAGCAAGCUUUACAUGUCAGUUUACUUCAUCAAACUCUGCUUCUGUCCAAUGGCAGAAAGAUGGAGUCUCUCUUAUCCCUUCAUCUCGCAUCAGUUUCAAUUCAACAAUUCUCAGUAUUAGUCCUACAAUCUCAGGAGAUGCUGGGAUGUACACUUGUGUGGUUACUGACCAAGUUUUGCAGGUUUCACACAACAGGAGUGCUAACCUAACCUUUGCAUAUAUAUUGGACUCUUUUCUCAUAAGUCCCGAUUCCAUGGAUGCAAUGGCUGGCUCAGCUGUAUCACUCUUUUGUCUUCACAGUGGGAGCCUACCAGCUGCUCAGAUGAGCUGGGUUAAAGACGGUGCCACCCUCUCAAGCAGUGGUUCCAUUACUAUAACAACAGCUUUACUUCAGCACGCUACCCCUCCUCAAACAACCAGCUCAAUCGGUAUUAGUCCGGUUUCUGAUGAAGACGCUGGACAGUAUGAAUGUGUGGCUACUAAUAGUUUAUUACCUGGGUCACCAGUGCGUAGCAGUAUGGCAACACUUACCGUUUCAGCUGAACUAGCAUCACCUGUAAUUACGAAUGGUCCAUCGUCAUUGAUUUUAUUGUCUGCUGGGUCAACUGCAACAUUGGAAUGCUCAGCAACUGGCGAACCCAUUCCAACUAUCAGCUGGCAAUUUGCUGGUGCAAACAUUGAUACCUCAUUAAGCAAAAUAUCAGUCCUUAGCUCUGGCGGUAAUUCCACUCUGACUAUCACAAACUUUCAAAACAGUGAUGUUGGAGAUUAUCGCUGUGUUGCAUCAAACAGUCAAGGAACUAAUGUCAGCAAUAAUGCAACUGUGGAAAUAGCUUAUAUUGAGCAAUCAUUCCAGAGUCCACCUCAGGACACGUUUGGCUUGCUUGGUCAAGAUGGUAUUAUUGAUUGUGCUCCUCCUCAUAGUGUCCCUCCUCCAAUGAUCACCUGGUUCCGGGACUCAGUACUUGUUUCAGGAUCACAGUUCAGUGUUGCGGCUAAUGGGAGUCUCGUAAUAUCCUCAGCCACGUUUAAUGAUGAAGGAGAUUAUGUGUGUGUUGCUAAUAAUGAGCUGAUUGGGAUCACUAGGAGCAGCCCGUCAGCUCGAUUCUCCGUUUAUGUGUUUCCUACUAUUGAUACAGCAUCAGAGGAUUUGCAACCGUCUCAAGGUUCUAAUUUUACUCUCUUUUGCAAUAGCAGCGGUACACCACAGCCUAACGUGACCUGGUACAGAGACAACUCUCUCAUUUCUAAUGACAACCCUUCCCAUCUGAGACUGUUUGAGUAUUCACUGACUGUAUUUAAUGCUCAAGUGGUCGAUGAAGGAGCAUAUAGAUGCAUUGUUAGCAAUCCGGCAGGAUCUGUUCAAGAAGAUAUCAAUAUUGAUGUCAUUCCAUUUCCAGUGACAUUGGUAGAUCACACUAAUAUUGCAGUUACAGUCUCCUCUCCUGUCCUCAUUCCUUGCUAUAUACAAGAAGAUCCUUCCCUAAACAUCACUUGGACUUUCAACGGUGCCCAGCUAACCCUCCCUUUCCCUGGAUUCCAGCUCCUUUCCAAUGGCAGUCUCCUUGUUCAAACAGUUGCUCAUAGUCAGGAGGGUCUUUAUUCUUGCACUGGGACUAACACUUUGGGGGCUGCUAUGGCUAGUGUAAGGCUCGAAGUACAAGUUGCCCCAACAGUUAGUGUAUCAGAGAGUUCUCUGACACGUACACAAGGUCAAACUGUUCAACUUGUGUGUACUGUAACGGGUGAUCCUACCCCGUCUGUCCAGUGGUAUUAUGAUGGUGAAACUCAGGUCCCUAAUGCUUUGACACCUAAUGCUCAAUUGAGCUCAAAUGAUACAGUUUUGAGGCUAAGUCCAGUGCUAAAGAAAGAUGAAGGAGAGUAUGUGUGUGUUGUUAGUAAUAAUCAGGGUAGUGUGAAUGCCAGCAUAUCAUUGAUAGUAGAAGUUGCUCCUAGUAUAUCAGCUACUCCCAUCAGUCAGACAGUUCUUGAAGGAGAUAUGAGAACAGUAGAGUUCUCUUGUACUGCUCCAGGUGAUCCUCAGCCAACCAUAACGUGGUUCACUUCUAACAUGGUCGACGUGUUAUUGCUUGGAAAUGAUAGACUAGAGGUUUUGACUGAUUCCACUUUAAGGAUAACCAAUGCAACAGUUGAGGAUAAUGGUCAGUAUGUAUGCCAGGGUACUAAUUCAGCCGGAACUGCUUCAGCAACAGUGACACUCAAUGUAUACGAUGUUCCAAGUGUGUCUCUGUUGCCAUACCUGAAUGCAACUCAAGGCUCACACGUAACUCUUGAUUGUGAUGUGACUGGAUAUCCAGAUCCGGUUGUCACGUGGUAUAAAGAUGGCUCCGUUACAGUGACGAAUGACCAACUUACAAUUCAAAAUAAUAGUGUCAUCAUCAAUAGUGCACUCUCUACUGAUAGUGGAGCAUACACAUGUAGUGCUAGUAACAUAGCUGGUAAUAGAUCAGCUACUGUUGAGCUCACUGUGUUAGUUCUUCCACUUAUUAUUGUCCCUGAUCCAAUCGUAUCUGCUAACAUUGGUUCCAAUGCCCAGCUAGUCUGUAAUGCAAUGGGAGAUCCUACUCCAUCCCUUACUUGGUAUUACGGUUCCGUUCCCAUACCUAACCCCAGCUUCCCUCGCUAUUCAGUUGAUUCGAAUGAUACACUGAUCAUAUCCAAUGUGAUUCUUAGCGACGAGGGAUCAAUGUUUGUAUGCCAGGCAUCAAAUGAUGCUGGAAUUGAAUCAGCAACUGUCUCCCUCACAGUUAACAUUGCUCCAAAUAUUACUGCAUUGUAUCCUUCACUGACGGUAGUCCAGGGUAAUGGUGCUGUUCUCUAUUGCACUGUUACUGCAGGAAAACCUUUUCCUCUCAUUACAUGGUAUAGCAACGAUACAGCCAUAGCUCGGGAUCGGGCCGGAUUUCAGUAUAUAUCUAAUGGGCAGACUCUUGUCAUUGGUAACGUUAUGAAGUCGCAUGAAGACGUUUACACAUGCAGAGCAGUUAAUGUAGCUGGAAUCAGUGAAGACUAUGUCGACCUCACUGUGCAUGUUCCCCCUAGUUUCUCUCCUCCUCUUCCAGACAGCACUGGGAUUGAAGGCGAUGUACAUGUACUUGAGUGUCAAGUGGAGGGUGACCCAACUCCAGUUGUACAAUGGUCCCAAGGAGGACUUGUGUUUCCUAGCGGAAGCAGCCUAACAUUCUCUUCCCUCUCUCGUACCAAUGCAGGGACUUAUACAUGCACUGCUACCAAUAUAGCUGGAUCAGCAUCACAGGAUGUAAUACUGACUGUUUACUAUUUGCCUUCCAUAACUGCUUCUCCAUCUUCCAUAUCUGUCCCAAUAUCAACUAGCGGCUCCUUCAACUGUACAGCAACUGGUAAUCCUCAGCCAACAUAUCACUGGCUAUAUAAUGGACAGAUAAUACCUGGAGCAGAAACCUCUUCCUAUACAAUACCAUCGGUCUCAGCCACAGAUGGUGGUGUAUAUUCUUGUGUUGCUACUAAUAUUGUUGGAUCUGUCACAAGCAAUGCUACACUAACCGUCCUACUUCCCCCGUCCUCUCCCAGUGUAACACAAGUAGUAGCAACCGGCUCUCAUUCUCUCUCCGUUACCUGGACAAGCCCAUCUAGUGAUGGCGGUACACCAGUUACCUCCUACAUUAUCGAAUAUCGUCCAAGUACCUCUAACGAUAGCUACGGUUCCACUAGUGUCUCAGCUAAUAUACUGUCAUAUGGACUCACUGGCCUUCUCUCAUAUACAGAAUAUGAUGUGAGACUAAGAGCUGUUAAUAUUGCUGGCACCAGCCCUCCGAGUGAUGUGUAUAGUCCAGCUGUGAGGACCCACCCUGGCUCCCCUCUACCACCAAACAAUCUCACAUUUACGUUCACUCCUCCUUCCUCUGUCACAGUCAGUUGGGACCCUCCAUUGCAGUUUAAUGGACAGUUUGGAGUCUAUGAGAUAUUAGUCACUAAUUGGGAUGAUCCUACAUUACAAACUGAUAGAGUCUUAUUUGUGACAAUGUCAACAGUGACUGGUUUAUUGUCUGACGCUACCUAUCGUGUUCAAGUCAGAGCUGGUACAAUAGGUAUCAAUGGUGAGGUACUCUGGGGCCCGUACAUUGAGCUAUGGAUACUCAACGGUGAUGAGGUAUCACCACCAUCAAUGAGUACCACCAUUGCUCCCAUGACAACAACCUCUUUGGUUGCUACAACAACUUCAGUUGCUAUGACAACUUCUUCAGUUGCUAUGACAACCUCUUCAGUUGCUAUGACAACCUCUUCAGUUGCCAUGACUAUGUUGUCAGUUGCUCCAGCAACGUCUUCUCUUGCCACGGCAACUACCAUCAUGUCUUCAGCAACGACUUCAGCUUCUAUGUCCAGCAGUGUUUCCUCAUCACUGGUCAGUGUAUCAACCAGUGUGAUUAUGACUAGUUCUGGUAGCACUUCACUAGCAAGCACACCUACCAGUACUAGUGCUGCUUUGUCUCCUUCGUCUUCUGUUGGUUCUUCUCUCUCUCAGUCAGUUGGUUCUUCCUCUCAGCUCUCAGCUCCUGCUACUAGUGCUACUACACUCGUUGUAGCCACUUCUAUCACUCCCUCUACGACACUCGCUCUCACUCCAUCUUCAUCUCUUGCUACAAAUACUCCUUCAUCAUCUAUAGCUCCCUCUCCCUCCAUCUCUCCUUCUCCUCUCCCUGAUCCUCCUUCAGCUGCUCCAACAGAUCUCCAACUAAGCUCUGAGGUUGGUACUAUCCUAGCCCAGUGGUCCCUGCCAAUAAUGGCUGGAGAAUUUGAUGGUUUCCAUGUAUACAUCUCUCCCCCUCCUCCUCUCUCUGCUAACAUCACCCUACCCAUUACGCUUGAGUCAUUCAGUCUUCAGACAAGCAUUAGUGGUCUUGCUAAUGAAGUUGAGUACAAUAUCAGUGUGGCAUUGUUUAAUGAAGGAGGAGACGGGCCUUUGGUCACUAAUUCUAUUCAAACUCCACCAGGACCUCCAAGUCCUCCAUUAGGGGUUUCAGCUCAGGCCUCAGUUUUGUCCCGAGAGAUACAAGUCAAUUGGUUACCUCCUGAGAACAUUGGUGGAACACUGUUCACUUACUUUGUAGUCCUCACAAACACAAUUGAUGGGACCAUAUUCUCACAGACCAUAUCAGUCCCUGCUCCUGCACAGAAUUUUCCUUUUUCGACCAUCUUCACUCAAAUACCCGAUGGAUUGUAUGAGGUAACAGUUUCGGCUGAGAAUGAGAAUGGAAUAGGAUUACCCUCCGAUAUCAUCACUGUGUCAUUAUUUGAAAAUCCUCCAGAGAUGACAUCCUCAUCUGUCGUUGCUACUAGUUUAUCAAUGGGCAUGCCUCUCAUAUCAAGCACUCUCAUUGAAAUCAGUUCAGUGAUCAGUAGUGCUGUUCCCUCCAGUACUGUAGCCUCUUCAUCAUCAGUUGCUGUUACAAGCUCGUCAGUAGUAACCAGCAGUAGUGCUGCUAUGACUAGUUCAUCUGUUGCCUCUUCUCCUACUCCUUCGGUUACUCUACCCGAUCCACCUGUAGUGUCUCCUUCAGGUCUGAAUCUACUUGUUCCUUCUUUUGGUCAAAUCAUUGCCAGUUGGCAGAUACCACAAGGAGACUAUGAUGGAUUUCAUGUGUACAUAUCACCUCCAGUCUCUGGCCUGUCUCUCCCUAUUGCCCUCUCUCCUGAUGCCACUGUUCAUAUAUUCAAUGGACUAGAGAAUGGUCUGACAUACACUGUUAACAUAGCAGCGUACAAUGAAGGAGGGGAUGGUCCAUUGGUAAGUGAAUCGAUUCAAACCCUAGGAGGAGUUCCCGGGUCCCCUACCAAUAUUCAAGUGAUUGGGAACCCUCAGGCUGGCUAUAUUCAGGUCUCGUGGAGCCCACCAACUAAUCCAGCAGGAACUCUCUCAGAGUAUAGAGUGUAUGCACAAAAUACAGCAGACAAUUCUCCGCCAGUCACUGAGGUUGUUACUGUGUCUCCUAGUAGUCAAAAUGCUGAUUUCAAUGUGCUGCUAUUCGUCUCUCCACACGAAUAUACAAUAACAAUUGAGGCAGUCAAUCAGUAUGGUACAGGAGAUCUCUCUGCUCCUAUUAAUGUCUCACUCAUCAUUAGCACCAGCAUGAGUUUUUCAAGUACAUCAACUGCAGUUGCUACUUCUUCUUUCAUUGUCACCAGUUCUGUUAGCCUUACAAGCUCAUUCAUAAUGAGUUCAUCUAUAGUAAUGCUGUCUUCUUCAUUAGCUGCUCUAUCUUCAUCUUCGCUCUCCUCUCCUUCACCAUCAAGCAUUGCUCCUACAGUUAUUGGUAGUACUGAAGCAGAGCCCUCAAUCUCACCUAGCAUAAUAGUAGGGACAGCAGCUCCUAGUCCUAAUGUAGCAGCUAUUGUGAUCCCAGUGAUCCUGGUCAUAUUGAUAUUAAUAUUAGUCAUAGUAGGAGUAAUGGUACUGCUGUAUUGCUAUAGGAAUCCAAGAAGGAGAAAAAUGAUAUUUAAAAUGUCUCCAUCUACAGCUGAAAUGAGCUAUGAAUUAAUGCCUGCUCCCUUGCCAGAGAAAGGCUCCCCACGUCAGUACACAGUGACUUCUAUUGACAAGAAAUCUCCACCUCCUCCUAAACCUGAACCUUAUUCAAAAUCUUCCUCACCUUCCCCCCCUCCUCUCUCUGAGGAUCAAACAGAGCGAGAGGCGCUGGAGGAAUCAUCUUCCUCUGACGAAGAAGAAAGAAAGAUGAGACUAAAGAAACAAGAGCUUGAAAAAGAGAAACAAGAGCAACCUCCAGUUGUACUUCGUAAACAACAACAACAACAACCAGGAGCACAGAAACAACAACCUGGACCACAACAAGGAGGAGGAGCACAACAACCAAGACAACAACAACAACCAAGACAACAGCAACAACCAGGACCACAACAACCAAGACAACAGCAACAACCAGGACCACAACAACCAAGACAACAACAACAACCAGGACCUCAACAACAACAACCAGGACCACAACAACCAAGACAACAAGGAGGAGGACCACAACAACCAAGACAACAACAACCAGGAGCACAGCAGCAACCACGUCAGCCUCCACUAACAAAGAAAGAACAAGAAGCUCUACGGAAGCAACAAGAGAAGAGACAGAAAGAGCUAAAGAAGAAACAAGAAAAGAGACAAAAAGAAUUAAAGAAGCAACAGGAGCAAAGAAGAAAGGAACUAAUAAAGAGACAAGAGCAACAAAAGAAGCAGAGACAAAUAAUGAUGCAGCAGAAAUACAAACAACAAAUGCAACAACAACAAAUGAGACAACAACAACAAAUGAGACAACAAGGAAGACCACAACAACAGGGAAGACCGCAACAACAAGGACAACAAGCAAGACCCCAGCAACAAGGAAGACCACAGCAGCAAGGACAACAAGGAAGACCACAGCAGCAAGGACAACAAGGAAGACCACAGCAGCAACAACAGCCAGUUCGUUAUGCACAAAUGCCUAAAGUAAUCCCAGAAGGUGAACAGGAGCAGCCAGUAAUACAGAUACAACCGCAAAUAAAGAAAGAUGAAGAUGAGAAAGAAGUAGAGAAGCAAGAAAAGGAGACUGAAGAGACAAAAGAAGAGGGAGACAGGACCUCAUCUCUACUGGGAGAGUACUCAAUGCUUGACCAGCAAUUCAUGGACGUUGAGCCUGUACAGAUUCCAAUGGACACUCCACUAAUACCACCCAGCUCAAAGGCACCCAGUGAAACUAGUGAAGACACCAUUCGCAGACCCUCCUAUGAUCCUGGAGAAUACUCUUAUGCUGAAUUAGACUCAAUCAGAGCAAAGAAAGCUGCAGCAAGAGAAGCUCAACUUAGAAAAGAACAAGCAGGAGGAAGAGGAGGAGGAGCAGUAGGAGGAGGAAUGGCUAUGAGAGGUAGAGGGGGACCCGUAAUGAGAGGAAGAGGAGGACCAGUGAUGAGGGGAAGGGGAGGAGUCGUAAUGAGAGGAAGAGGAGGAGUCGUAAUGAGAGGAGGAGCUCCAAUGAGAAGACAAGAACCAGAAAAGAGGCGGAGUUUUCUCUCUCGCCUGACAAGCAGUGAACCAAAACAGGAGAAGCGGCUAUCACGAUCAAGUCAACUAAGUGGACGAGGUCGGGUUUAUGGUGGCACCAUGGGUAUGAUGAAGAGUUCUGAUGACAUUUAUUAGAUGAAAGAACAGACAGACACACACACAUGUACACGUUAUAUAUAUACAGCAAGCAGGAACAGUACCUGUAAAUUAUAAAACAAAUAAUUAUUAUUAAAUAAUAUUUUUCCUAUUUUUUAAAAUAUAAUAACAAGAAUAA